UCAUCAUCAACAUGGCCUCGGUGAGUGUUACCUUGGAGAAUCAACUGCACAGCGCACAGAAGAACCUGCUGUACCUGCAACAAGACCAUGCCAACACAUUGAAAGGCCUACAUGCUGAGAUCCGCUGCCUACAACAGCACUGCACAGACCUGACAUAUGAGCUGACAAUGCGGAGCUCUGAUCCAGGUGAUGAUGGUGAGGCUCGCUGCAGAGAGCUGCAUCAGCGCUGUGAGGAGCUGGAGUCUCAGCUGAAGGCUAAAGAGCAGGAAAACACGGAGCUCCUGCGAGAUCUGGAGCAGAAGAACGCCAUGAUCUCGGUGUUGGAGAACACCAUCCGUGAGCGAGAGAAGAAGUACCUGGAUGAACUAAAGUUGAAGAGCCAUAAGUUGGCUGUGCUGUCUGGAGAGCUGGAGCAGAGAGCCAGCACCAUUGCCUACCUCACCUCCCAGCUCCACGCUACCAAAAAACGCCUUCUCGCCGGGGGCGCGGCGAGUAUAAGCCCCUCCGUCAGCCCCGUCAGCUCUUUGAAACCCACCCCUCCUCCCGUUCCUGCUGCGUCGGGAAACGACAAAGACGUCCGGCAACCCGAGACCCCUCGCAGGCGCAUGCGCAAAAGUCUUUCGCAGCCGCUGCACUCUGAAUACACGGAGCUGUACCGGUUGGGCGCCGCAGACGGCCGCAGGGUGGUACUGAGGGAUUCGGUAGAUGCCAUGCCAGAUCCCACACCAUUCCUAAAAGCCAGAGAGCCCGCGGCCCCCGUAGAGUCUCAGCCGGUGCUGCGGGAACGCCCCUCUGUAAUCCCGCCCAUUUCUUCUUCAGCCACACCCCCUGGACCAUUAAGCCCCACCCACACCCCAGUGCCCCCGGGUCCCAGGAAUAGCCCAGCGCAGGAGGGACCCCAUGCCCGUGCUAACGUGCAUAUAGGAGUGGCGCAUCGGAUCCACCGUUCGCCCUCAGCAGGUGGAGGUGCAGCCCGACAACAGGCGGAAGUGGAGACCCUCGCGGUGGACCAGGUCAAUGGGGAGCAGGUGGUUCGCAAACGCUCAGGUGCAGACAGAACUGUUUAAGACUGACAAAUGGCGUCUUAAAACAGAUAGUAUAUAAAUAUAGACGUAUUAAAACCAAUGCAGUAUAUGCAGAAAUCUUCAUGACUGUGAAAACACACAAACAUGGAUACAGAUGCUCAAAUCAUCAACAUAUCACAAACAACCUAGUCAACAAACGCAUAAAACACAAACACACACUACAGAUUUAAACAACUUACAAACACAAUAGCACAGCACAACCCUGGGAUAUGCUGAACAACACACACUGGCGAGUGAUUUAGGCAAAGACUGUUUUUGUGAGUGUCAGAGAAUAUGUGUGUGUUUUAAAGGGAAAGAUGGAGAGACUAAGUAUGGCAGCGAGAGCUUCUGUAUAUCCUGCUGCUUUUUAUGCAACACUGUAUAAA